AAAAAAAAAAAAUAUUUUUUUUUCUCCUCUCGAUAUAAUUUUUAUCGAUAAUACUACUUAUAAAGAUGUCUAAUAUUGCUGAAAUUCUUGAACAAAAUCAAAUUGAUAAUGAUAAUAAUAAUAAAAGUUUACGACUAGAAGCGCUUAAUAUACAAGCGUGGGCAGGAAUAUUUUACAUAUUAAUUUGGAAUCCAAUAUGGACUAUAUUAUGUUUUAUAUGGGUAUUGAUUACAUGUCUAUUAAGUAUAAUUACGUUAGUUUUCCCGCCUUUAGGAUUUAUAGUUUGUAUUGGAACCGUUAUUUCUUGGAGAACCUUGGCGAGAGUUGAACUAUUAACGACAACGUUUAGUUCAAAUCCUAAACAUUUUCAUAACGAUACAGUCCCGCAAAUAACUCGUCGUAUGGCGCUUCCACUUUUAACUCGUAUAUCAGAAACUCAAGGAGGUCCUUUUACGGCUCCUCACACUAAUUUUUGUCAAAAAACAAAAGAAUUUUGUUUUAAUGAAUAUACAUUAAAUUGUGCUAUUUAUUUUUUGGGAAGAAAACCGUUAUCAAUGAUUUAUUAUUUUAUUAAAUAUCUUUUGCUUUUGGUGUUUAGUUUCUUUCCUUUAACAGUAUGUAUUUUACCUCAUAUGUGUAAAUCUUCUAGAAUUACUGGUGCUGCUGAAGUUUAUUAUUCUAGACGUUGGUUGUUACCCGGUUGGGUUAAACCUCAAAGAGAUCAAAAUCAACAACAGAAUAUGGCGAUGGUGGCGUAAUUUUCUUUUUUUUUUAUAUAUAUUUUCUUUCGCUUCAUUUACCUGUAUUAUUAUUCAAUUAAAUAUGUAAUUAGCUUGUAUAAUAUUUUUGAAAGUACAAUAUAAUUUUUAUUAGUAACAUUUUAUUUAAGAUUUUCGCUUUUUUACGAAAUUGGAAAAUAAAAUAAUUUCAGUUUCUAUAAUUUCUAUUGAAUAUUUUUUUUAAAAAUAAUAUUCCAUCGAAAAAAUAUAUUUUAGCGUAACACCU